CCCUUUUCGAGGAGAAAUAUCCGAAGGGUUAUCGCUGGUCUUGUGUCAAGUGCCAGUCACUCAGUUCAUCCACAGCAAAGCGCACAGGCAUAGCAGCCUCCUUCCCCUCUUCUUCUUCUUCAGUAGUGGAGUACAUGCUACCUCUGCUUCAGCAGCACAUGGGAAUCACCCAUGCCAACUCCAUCACCACCGAGCCUUCUCCUUCUCCCCGCCCGCCGCUUCUUCGCCUCUUGCCCCAGCCUCGCCGCCGGCGUCAUGCUCAUGCCAAACACAUCGCCCUCUUGACCAACUGCAAGUGCGCCUCCGCCGCUUCCGCUUCCGUGGAGGAAGACGACGUAGCAGGUGGGUUGGGAUAUCGUCAUCCUCCAAAGCAAAUACAAGAAAUCCUUGAUGUUCCACCCAAUCCCAGUUACCUUAUUUCCCCUCGCAGAGAUCGGAUCAUGUUCCUACAGCGCACAGCCAUGCCUCCAUUAUCUGAGCUUACGAAACCAGAAAUUGUACUUUCCGGCAUACGCAUUGAUCCUGGGUCUAACAUGAGGAGCAGAAUGUCGUUUUAUACCGGCAUUAUUAUCCAUGACCUGAUGGAUAGUGGAACUUUGGGUCCAGCAAAAGAGGUCCAUGGAUAUGCUGAUGGUGCAAAGAUUAAUUUUGUGACAUGGUCACCUGAUGGUCAGCACAUGGCAUUUACUGUGCGCUACGAAGAUAAGGUGGACAACAGCGUCAACUUGUCACUAUGGGUUGCCAAUGCAGAAUCUGGAGAGGCUCGGCCACUCUGCAUAUCAGAAGACAUAAGAUUGAAUGCUAUUUUUGAGCUAUUUGUAUGGGUGAAUGAUUCUACCGUAUUGGUCUGCACUAUUCCUUCGUCACGUGGUUGUCCACCAAAGAAGCCAUUGGUUCCUUUUGGUCCUAGGAUCCGCUCUAAUGAGCAUAAAAAUGUAGUUCAGAUGAGAGCCACAAAAGAAAUGUUGAAAGAUUUGCAUGAAGAAGAAUUGUUUGAUUACUAUGCAACAUCACAGUUAAUACUGCUCUCACUGGAUGGGACAGUGAAGCCAAUUGCCCCACCUGCGAUAUAUACUGCUCUUGAUCCUUCACCAGAUGAGAAGUAUCUGAUGCUCACUUCUGUCCACCGGCCAUAUUCUUCUACUGUCUCGUAUAAAAGGUUCCCAAAGAAGGUUGAGCUGUGGACAGUUGAUGGUACAUUUAUCCGUGAAGUUUGUGAUCUGCCCCUAGCUGAAGAUAUUCCAAUCACAUCUGGUAGUGUCCGUAAGGGGAAGCGUUUAAUCAGUUGGAGGCCUGACAUGCCUUCAACAUUGUAUUGGGUGGAGGCACAAGAUGGAGGAGAUGCAAAUGUUGAAGUCUCACCACGCGAUAUAGUAUAUAUGGAGCUUGCAGAUCCUUUAAAUGGCGAGAAACCUCAAGUCUUGCUUAAACUUGACCUUCGGUAUAGAAGGAUCUCUUGGUGCAAUGGAUCACAGGCACUGGUUUAUGAGCAUUGGUACAGGACACGCAGAACAAGAACAUGGGUUAUCUCUCCUGACUGCAAAGAUGUUAGCCCACGGGUAUUAUUUGAAAGAUCUUCAGAAGAUGCCUAUUCAAAUCCUGGUUCUCCAAUGAUGUGCAGAACCCCUGCAGGCACCUUUGUCAUUGCAAAAAUUAAGACAAACUAUGAAGGAACCUACAUCUUGUUGAAGGGAAAAGGUGCCACACCAAAAGGAAGCAUCCCUUUUCUUGAUCUUUUGAAUAUAAAUACGGGAGUGAAAGAGCGGAUAUGGGAGAGUAGCAAGGAAAAGUAUUAUGAAUCUGUUCUUGCUCUGAUGUCCUAUAAUCCAAAGUGUGAAAUCCAGCUUAAUCAUUUAAAGUUGCUUGUAUCAAAAGAGUCAAGAAUGGAACCUACCCAGUAUUAUAUCAAGGCUUGGCCAGAUAAAACUCAAGUGCAGAUCACAAAUUAUUCCCAUCCAUAUCCGCAACUGGCAUUGCUGCAGAAAGAAGUAAUCAGAUACCAGCGAGUGGACGGUGUUAAACUCACUGCUACAUUAUAUCUGCCUCCAGGCUAUGAUCCAUCAAAAGAUGAGCCUCUUCCAUGCCUAAUUUGGUCGUAUCCUGGAGAAUUUAAAAGCAGAGAGGCUGCUGGCCAAGUCCGUCGCUCACCCAAUAAAUUUGCACGCAUCAGGAGCAACUUUCCUCUUCUUUGGUUAGCUAGAGGGUUUGCUAUUCUGGCCGACCCAACAAUCCCUAUAAUUGGUGAAAGAGACCAAGAGGCUAAUGAUAGGUACAUAGAGCAGCUAGUUGCUAGUGCAGAAGCAGCGGUAAAUGAAAUUGUAAGAAGAGGGGUUGCUCACCCUGACAAAAUAGCUGUGGGUGGUCAUUCAUAUGGUGCAUUUAUGACUGCUAAUCUCUUAGCUCACGCGCCUCAUCUUUUCUGCUGUGGAAUUGCCCGUUCUGGAGCGUACAACAGGACACUGACUCCAUUUGGUUUUCAGAAAGAGGUACGGACACUCUGGGAGGCUACCGAUACCUAUAUUAAGAUGAGUCCCUUUAUGUCAGCUAACAAAAUCAAGAAACCAAUUCUACUCAUUCAUGGAGAAGAUGACAGCAAAGUAACAACAGCAAUGCAGUCAAGUCAAUUUUAUGAUGCUUUAAAAGGUAAUGGUGUGCCAUGUCGUCUUGUGAUUCUCCCAUUUGAGAGGCACCACUAUGUUGCAAGGGAGAGCGUUAUGCAUGUAAUUUGGGAAACUGAUAGGUGGCUGGAGAUGUAUUGUGUGAGUAACUCUAGGAACAUCCAAGUUAUGGAAUCCACUGUUGAUACAACAUGGUCACUUGCUUGUGAAGCUCUAGCCUUGUACUUCACCAAAAUAUAUAGUCUGAGCAAGCUGGUUCACUUGGCCUUUGCUCAAAUUUUCCAUCAGGAAGUUAAAAAAUAAUGUACAGUGAUAUCAAUGGGCUACCAUUAUCAUCUGCCUCGUGGUAAAAUAUCUUAUUUGGAGCAUCUCUACUGAACUAACCUUUAUCUACAAAAAGUAUUAUACCAUCAAGAUAUGCUACAUAGAAUAGAAAUUAUGUAUUUCAACUACUGCACCGUGCUGCUUUAUGUUUAUAUGAUUUCACUUAGUGUGUAAAACUUGUAAUAAACAAUUAUGGCUUUAUGCAUCUCGGGAGGCAAUUGUUGGAAUAUUAUUAUUCCAUUAUUAUUCCGUUAUAAUUAAACUGAAUAUAUUGAAUGCAAGAUUUCUACA